CCCGUUAAGAGAAAGCUUCUUCUAUUCCGUCCACAACUAUUUGAUUCAUUUAGUCAUCUGGCAUGGCAACGACCUUGCAGACUUAUAAAUAACUGAGUUCAACCAUUAUCCAUCGUUUAGGUUGUAUAUCACAACAGAAAGUUGCACAGUUAUGAUACGCAAGUCCGGUUCAAAGUACGGUUCGUUCGGCCCAGUCCCAGGGGUAAUUAUCUGUUUGUGAUGGUAUAAUGUCAGUUUACAACACAUGUAACUGAAUUUCGCUAAGUAUGUUUAUGGAACGCACAACCUUUACCAGUCAAGAAACGGGUUUAUAAAGCUAAAUAACCAAACAAACGAUUCAUAUGAGUAAUCCAAAGAAAUAUAUCAGUCAGUAUGCUUCAGUAGUGAAGUAUGUUCACUGAUGUCACGUGAUAUACCUGAAAUAUGUACAUAUGUCAUCCAAACAGUGAUGAACAAAUCUUUUCAGGGCCGGUAAAUCAGACAUGUACUUUCUUUUCAUGAUUUUCAAAAAAUUACUAAUUGCAUGCACAUUUCAUGAAAAAAGACAAAGAAGAGACUGAAAACCCAUGAAACUCUCUUGUCUGCUUAACGAAGGACCGUUUAAUUCCUUUUCGAUAUAUAUCCCCAUACAUCAUGGUUCGCUAUAUGCUGAAUGGGAAAGUAUAAACUCCUGCUAUUUCGCGUCUCAAGUCAUUUGUGUAAAAUCCCAAACGAAUUAUAAUAGUGUCAUCAGUUAUGAAUUCUUUGUAACAAACUAGUAUGAACGAAUUAGUUUAUACGUUCUCUGGAUUCUGUAGUAAGGAACGGUUCCAGGCCUUACACUGCACGCAAAAUGUUUAGCCUAUUCACUUGGCCGGAACAAUCCUGCCUUAAAUACAUUUCAUUUGCCACCCAUACUUUAGGUUAUGAUGGUCUUUCCUAGACAAGAAUACCCUGUAUUUCUUUCUGAUGAUUUAAUUGUAUAAAUAAAUUAUCUUCAUCAAGGUUCAUCUUUUAAUAUUUUACAAACAUUUUGGUCGAAACAAGUAUAUUUCUCAACACACAACUAAGCACAUAGCGAUUAUCAAGUUCUUUCUGACAAAAUUUGGCUUUAAACUCUCAGAUAGGCUUAUAAGAAUUAAGAUUAACGAUCACACUAGUUUCAACCUGACUAUUUAAACAGUUUUAGUGGCUCACAGAAUACUGACUUGACAAUAGCCUUUUAUGUGUGAAUUUGCCAGAAAGCCUACUUAUAACAAAGUAGACUAGUGAGUACUCAUUAUUGAUGAAACAAGUUGGUACAAACAUUAUUACUGAACAGAAGAGACUGUCAAAAUCCACUUCAAAUAUUUUUAAAGGUAUAGAAUAAGGGCAUUUAUAGAUCAAUCAUUAUCCAAGAAAAAGGCAGACCUGAGGUUUUUGUUCAGUUUCUACUUUUUUAUAUUACACCAUAACCAAAAUUAUCGAGUGGAAUGAAUAUUUAGUAACAGCUGAACGAUGUGUGAAAAGAAACAUUCGUUUCCUUUGUUAGAGAAGGCUUAACCUUAGCUUCAAAUCGCCAGCACCAAAUGCAUACAAUUUAUCAACUUUGAAGAUUAAAAAUAGACAAGAUUUCAAUCGUGCCCCUUGUUCAAGAGCGUUUCAGAGUAACAUCGCUGUUAAAUGUGACCAAUAUCAACAAAACCAACAUAUCCCAGCACCCUGUGAUUAUCAAAAAAUAGAAAAGAACUCCAGAUCGGGAGUCAGUAUGGCAGCAUUCAAAUCAUCUAGUGGGAGACUAUUUGAUGCUCCACAACUGACAACUUAUAUUCCAGGACCAGGACAUUAUGAUAUUGAUGAGAAACCGAAUCAAUCUAAUUUGCCCCACUCGGCUUUUGCAUCCAAAAGUGAGCGUUCUGCGUUAAGAACUACAUCAGAAUUUCCUGGGCCAGGAGCAUAUAAUUUGGUCAAAUAUCAUAAUGACUCAGCUUUAAAAUUAACUAAAUUACCUCCAACAAAAUCAAAUUCAUCAAUGAUAACUUUGAAAACUAUAAAUAAAGAUCAGGAAAACUAUCCUGGUCCAGGGACAUAUAAUAUCACAACUGAACUAGUACCAAAACAUUUUAUGUCUAGUUCAGUUUUCCUAUCCAAUGUACCGCGCUGGAUAAUGCCAAAUGUUCCCGUUGCUCUUGGCAUUGGUGAUAUGGUUGCAAAUAGUUCUUCACUUACGUGUCCUGGUGGAAUUGAUGCUUUACUUAAUCCAGGACCAACAAAAUAUAAUCCUUGUCUACCCAAAAAAAUGUCAUUUCAUUAUAAUCUAAAUAACGAGUGGAUUUAUUGA